AUGCGUAUCUUCGCUCCCAACGACGUUGUUGCCAAGUCCCGCUUCUGGUACUUCCUGGCCAAGCUCAAGAAGGUCAAGAAGGCCAACGGCGAGAUUGUCUCGCUCAACAAGAUCCACGAGAAGCACCCCCUGAAGGUCAAGAACUUCGGUGUCUGGAUCCGAUACGACUCGCGCUCCGGUACCCACAACAUGUACAAGGAGUACCGUGAGCUGUCGAGAGCCGCCGCUGUCGACUCUCUGUACCAGGACAUGGCUGCCCGCCACCGUGCCCGCUUCGGCUCCAUCCACAUCCUCCGCGUCGUUGAGCUCGAGAAGACUGAGGACAUCAAGCGUCCUUACAUCAAGCAAAUCACCUCCAAGAACCUGUCCUUCCCUCUGCCCCACCGCGUCCCCAAGAUCAGCAACAAGAAGGUCUUCAGCGCCACCCGCCCUUCGACUUUCGCAUAA